GUUUCCAAAAUUUUACUCAAUCGUCGCUCAUCCAUUCAACGAUGAAAAUCCUAAUAGCGAUUUUUCCGUUACUUAUCAGUUCGGUACUUUCAAUAGAAUUACUUUUACCGUCGCAAAUACCACCGCAGCUAUUUAAAUCUCAACUGAUCAAUCGUCCAUUAAAAUCGGGAUUGUUCAAUGAAAAUUGUGACACAGCGAAUGGGAUAUUGUUGGAUAUAGCAAUUGAAAAUUGUACAAGUAUCGAUGCAUGCGUCAUCAUACCGAAAAGGGAGUACAAUGUUCGGGUAGAGUUUUUGGCAAGAACCGCAAGCACGAACUUAAUUUGGAGAAUCAUAACCGAUGAAGAGGUUUUAUCUGAAGAACGUCUCGUAGGCGACAUCAGACCGGGACUUUCAUACACAGUCACAUACUCGUUUGCAUUCAACAGUAAUGCUGAGGGAAAAACAGUACCUGUCACAUUCCAAAUAAUCGACAGACCAUCGCAGCGAAUUGAAAUAUGUACGACCUCUACGAUGGAUGUGAAUUCUUGGCACAUGGUUCCGGAGAUACUUGGUCGGAUCAGGGCUCCAACAUUUCGUAACGAGAACUUUAUAAUAACAAACUACAAUGCAGUUAAUGAUGGGGUAACAGACAAUACAGAAGCAUUUAAAGCGGCUAUUGAGGCGUGUAAUGCUGCUGGAGGCGGAAGAGUUGUUGUACCAGAGGGAACAUUUUUGACGGGUGCCAUUACUCUUCUGAGCAAUGUGAAUCUGCAUCUGAUGCAAGGAUCUACAAUAUUAUUCACUCAUGACACAACCAAAUAUCCAAACGUUCUCAGUCGCACAGAGGGUAUGGAACUAAUAAACUAUUCUCCGUUCAUUUAUGCAUACGAUGCGGAAAAUAUUGGGCUCACCGGAGCAGGUGUGCUUGACGGAAAUGCAGAUUGUGAUAAUUGGUGGCCAUGGAAUGGAGUGAAUAGUAAUUUGCAAGCGUUGUGUAACAUAACCACCGCCCAUCCUGGACAAGCUGUCGAUCUGGCAUUGCUUACAGAUAUGGUUGCCAGGGGUGUUCCAGUUGAAGAGAGAGUAUUCGGACCUGGCCAUUUCUUACGACCGCAAUUUGUUCAACCACAACGAAGUAGAAACGUAUUGAUCGAAGGCAUUACAUUGAGACGAUCGCCAAUGUGGAUACUGAAUCCAGUUUUGUGUGAAAAUGUGAUCGUUCGAGGAGUUACUAUUGAAAGCAAGGGUCCAAACAGUGACGGAUGCGAUCCAGAGUCCAGCAAAGACGUUCUAAUCGAAAAUGUUAAUUUCCAUACUGGUGACGAUUGUAUUGCUAUCAAGUCUGGAAGAAACAAUGACGGAAGAAGAGUGAACGUUAAGUCGGAGAAUAUCGUCAUUCAGAAUUGCCAGUUUCAAGAUGGACACGGUGCGUUUACGAUCGGAUCGGAAAUAUCAGGAGGUGCGAAGAACGUCUUCUUUCAAGAUGCUGUAAUGAGCAGUCCAAAUUUGGAACAGGCUUUGAGAUUCAAAAACAAUGCACUUAGGGGCGGGCUCAUCGAAGACAUUUUCGUGAGAAAUGUUCACAUUUCCGAAUUAUACAAUGGUGCCAGUUCUACUAGGGGUAUGGUUCUCUCCAUUGACUUUAACUAUCAAGAAGGAGCAGCUGGCGAUUACAGUCCAGUUGUGCGAAAUGUUGAUAUUCGUAAUGUAACUGCUACUACGGCAAAUUACGCUUUCUAUUUGCGUGGAUUCCCGACGGACCACAUCUCGGAUAUUCGUCUUUACGAUUGCAAUUUCGAUAAUGUUGUUCGUGACAAUAUAAUCGAAUUUGUGGAUCAUCUUCAUUUGGACAACGUAACAGUCAAUGGUGAAAUAUUCACGGGGCCAGAUGUGGGAGACAAUGGAACUGAUUGUGAAUCUGUGGGAUCGCUUCGUUCAUUUACAAUCGACAAUUGUACUGACACCACGGCAUGUAAGAUCAUCACGAAAAGAGAAUACAACUUCGGAGUUACUUUCGUUCCGAGUGCUUUCAGUGGAAACUUAAUUUGGAGAGUAACUGCGACAAUUGAUGGUAGAGAAGAAUUACUGACGGAGCAACCUAUCGCUAUUGUUCUGCCAACCAUUGAAAAUAGCUUUUCCUUCCCCAUGCAAUUUGGAAUGAAGCACGAAGGCCUGUCGUUUCCUAUCACAUACCAGAUACUUGAUGCUGCGCAAGGAAGAGUCGAAAUUUGUGGCUCCUCUCAAUUAGACGUAAGCACUUGGCACAUGGUACCCGAGAUCUUAAGUAGAAUCAGUCCACCAAUUUUCCCGAAUCGCGACUUCUCCAUCUUAGCCUAUGAUGCUGUUGAGGGUGGUGAUGUACUUAAUACCGAGGCAUUUAGAAGAGCUAUUGAAGCUUGCAAUGCAGCAGGUGGCGGAAGAGUAGUUGUGCCAGCUGGUGUAUUCCUUACCAGCGCCAUACAACUUUUAAGCAACGUAAAUCUGCACUUAUCUGAAGGAUCGACAGUUCUCUUCACUCAAGAUGUAAGCACAUAUCCGAUCGUCCGUAGCCGUUGGGAAGGUAUGGAACUGAUGAACUACUCACCCUUCAUCUACGCAUUCGAGACGGAAAAUAUUGCAAUCACCGGCACCGGUACACUUGACGGAAAUUCUGACUGCUUUAAUUGGUGGCCAUGGAAGGGACGCAACAACAAUUUGGAAAUCAUCUGUGGUCCUCCAAUCGAAGGAGACCCUACUCAAGAAGCUGCUCGUAAUGUUCUCUUGGAAAUGGUGGAGAAUAACGUGCCAGUUGAAGACCGAAUAUUUGGCGAUGGACACUAUCUACGACCACAAUUCGUUCAGCCCCAUCGCAGCAAGAACGUUUUGAUUGAAGAUAUCACGCUAGUGCGGUCACCCAUGUGGAUUCUUAAUCCAGUCGAGUGUGAAAAUGUCAUCGUCCGAGGUGUGACAAUUAACAGCACCGGUCCAAACAGCGAUGGCUGCGAUCCAGAGAGUUGUAAAGACGUUCUGAUUGAGAAUGUGAAAUUCCGAACUGGAGACGAUUGUAUCGCUGUGAAAUCAGGACGAAAUGCUGACGGCCAUCGCAUAGGAAUCAAGUCGGAGAACAUUGUCGUCCAGAAUUGUCAGUUCGAAGAUGGCCACGGCGGUUUCACAAUCGGAUCGGAAAUUUCUGGUGGAGCACAGAAUAUUUUCUGUCAGGACUGUGUAAUGAGCAGUCCACAGCUGGAACAGGCCUUAAGAUUCAAGAACAAUGCAGUCAGAGGCGCACUGAUCGAGGACAUUUUCAUUCGAAAUAUUCAGAUCUCGGAAUUGUACACCGGGACGAGUACAUCUAGAGGAAUGGCUCUGUCGAUUGAUUUCAAUUAUGAAGAAGGACCAGACGGAAACCGCAAGCCAAUCGUUCGUAAUAUUGACAUUCGAAAUGUGACGUCGAACAAAUCGAAGUACGCUCUGUACCUGCGCGGAUUCCCGGACGAUCACAUCGAAGAUGUACGUCUGUACGACUGCCAUUUCCAUAAUGUGCAACUUCCCAAUGUCAUUGAACACGUUGAUCGACUGGCAUUUUUCAAUGUAACAGUUAAUGGAACAGAACUUAUCACACCCGUACCGGAUUGCGAAUCCCUGGGGACACUCCGUCAAUUUACAAUUGAAAAUUGUACUGACACUACGGCAUGCAACAUAAUCACGAAAAGGGAGUACAACAUCAACGUAAACUUUGUUCCUAGCACAGCAAGCUCCAACUUAAUUUGGAGAGUAACCGGCACAAUAGAUGGUGAAGAUGUAAUACUAACGGAGCAACCUCUCGAAUCAGAUAUUGUGCCAAACAUCGAGCAUAGCUUUUCCUUCCCACUACAACUCGGAACACAACACGAAGGCCUGUCGUUCCCUAUCACAUACCAGAUACUUGAUGCUCCGCAAGGAAGAGUCGAAAUUUGUGGCUCCUCUCAAUUAGACGUGAGCACUUGGCAUAUGGUACCCGAGAUCUUAAGUAGAAUCAGUCCACCAAUCUUCCCGAACCGUGACUUCUCCAUCUUGGACUAUGAUGCGGUUGAGGGAGGUGAAGUACUUAAUACCGAGGCAUUCAGAAGAGCUAUUGAAGCUUGCAAUGCAGCAGGUGGAGGAAGAGUAGUUGUGCCAGCUGGUGUAUUCCUUACCAGCGCCAUACAACUUUUAAGCAACGUAAAUCUGCACUUAUCUGAAGGAUCGACAGUUCUCUUCACUCAAGAUGUAAGCACAUAUCCGAUCGUCCGUAGCCGUUGGGAAGGUAUGGAACUGAUGAACUACUCACCCUUCAUCUACGCAUUCGAGACGGAAAAUAUUGCAAUCACCGGCACCGGAACACUUGACGGAAAUUCUGACUGCUUUAAUUGGUGGCCAUGGAAGGGACGCAACAACAAUUUGGAAAUCAUCUGUGGUCCUCCAGUCGAAGGAGACCCUACUCAAGAAGCUGCUCGUAAUGUUCUCUUGGAAAUGGUGGAGAAUAACGUGCCAGUUGAAGACCGAAUAUUUGGCGAUGGACACUAUCUACGACCACAAUUCGUUCAGCCCCAUCGCAGCAAGAACGUUUUGAUUGAAGAUAUCACGCUAGUGCGGUCACCCAUGUGGAUUCUUAAUCCAGUCGAGUGUGAAAAUGUCAUCGUCCGAGGAGUGACAAUUAACAGCACCGGUCCAAACAGCGAUGGCUGCGAUCCAGAGAGUUGUAAAGACGUUCUGAUUGAGAAUGUGAAAUUCCGAACUGGAGACGAUUGUAUCGCUGUGAAAUCAGGACGAAAUGCUGACGGUCAUCGCAUAGGUAUCAAGUCGGAGAACAUUGUCGUCCAGAAUUGUCAGUUCGAAGAUGGCCACGGCGGUUUCACAAUCGGAUCGGAAAUUUCUGGUGGAGCACAGAAUAUUUUCUGUCAGGACUGUGUAAUGAGCAGUCCACAGCUGGAACAGGCCUUAAGAUUCAAGAACAAUGCAGUCAGAGGCGCACUGAUCGAGGACAUUUUCAUUCGAAAUAUUCAGAUCUCGGAAUUGUACACCGGGACGAGUACAUCUAGAGGUAUGGCUCUGUCGAUUGAUUUUAACUAUGAAGAAGGACCAGACGGAAACCGCAAGCCAAUCGUUCGUAAUAUUGACAUUCGAAAUGUGACGUCGAACAAAUCGAAGUACGCUCUGUACCUGCGCGGAUUCCCGGACGAUCACAUCGAAGAUGUACGUCUGUACGACUGCCAUUUCCAUAAUGUGCAACUACCCAAUGUCAUUGAACACGUUGAUGGACUGGCAUUUUUCAAUGUAACAGUUAAUGGAACAGAACUUAUCACACCGGUACCGGAUUGCGAAUCCCUGGGGACACUCCGUCAAUUUACAAUUGAAAAUUGUACUGACACUACUGCAUGCAACAUAAUCACGAAAAGGGAGUACAACAUCAACGUAAACUUUGUGCCUAGCACAGCAAGCUCCAACUUAAUUUGGAGAGUAACCGGCACAAUAGAUGGUGGAGAUGUAAUACUAACGGAGCAACCUCUCGGAUCAGAUGUUGUGCCAAACAUCGAGCAUAGCUUUUCAUUCCCACUACAACUCGGAACUCAACACGAAGGCCUGUCGUUCCCUAUCACAUACCAGAUACUUGAUGCUCCGCAAGGAAGAGUCGAAAUUUGUGGUUCCUCUCAAUUAGACGUGAGCACUUGGCAUAUGGUACCUGAGAUCUUAAGUAGAAUCAGUCCACCAAUCUUUCCGAACCGUGACUUCUCUAUCUUGGACUAUGAUGCGGUUGAGGGUGGUGAAGUACUUAAUACCGAGGCAUUCAGAAGAGCUAUUGAAGCUUGCAAUGCAGCAGGUGGAGGAAGAGUCGUUGUGCCUGCUGGUGUGUUCCUUACCAGCGCCAUACAACUUUUAAGCAACGUAAAUCUGCACUUGUCUGAAGGAUCGACAGUUCUCUUCACUCGAGAUGUCAGCACAUAUCCGAUCGUCCGUAGCCGUUGGGAAGGUAUGGAACUGAUGAACUACUCACCCUUCAUCUACGCAUUCGAGACGGAAAAUAUUGCAAUCACCGGCACCGGAACACUUGACGGAAAUUCUGACUGCUUUAAUUGGUGGCCAUGGAAGGGACGCAACAACAAUUUGGAAAUCAUCUGUGGUCCUCCAAUCGAAGGAGACCCUACUCAAGAAGCUGCUCGUAAUGUUCUCUUGGAAAUGGUGGAGAAUAACGUGCCAGUUGAAGACCGAAUAUUUGGCGAUGGACACUAUCUACGACCACAAUUCGUUCAGCCCCAUCGCAGCAAGAACGUUUUGAUUGAAGAUAUCACGCUAGUGCGGUCACCCAUGUGGAUUCUUAAUCCAGUCGAGUGUGAAAAUGUCAUCGUCCGAGGAGUGACAAUUAACAGCACCGGUCCAAACAGCGAUGGCUGCGAUCCAGAGAGUUGUAAAGACGUUCUGAUUGAGAAUGUGAAAUUCCGAACUGGAGACGAUUGUAUCGCUGUGAAAUCAGGACGAAAUGCUGACGGUCAUCGCAUAGGUAUCAAGUCGGAGAACAUUGUCGUCCAGAAUUGUCAGUUCGAAGAUGGCCACGGCGGUUUCACAAUCGGAUCGGAAAUUUCUGGUGGAGCACAGAAUAUUUUCUGUCAGGACUGUGUAAUGAGCAGUCCACAGCUGGAACAGGCCUUAAGAUUCAAGAACAAUGCAGUCAGAGGCGCACUGAUCGAGGACAUUUUCAUUCGAAAUAUUCAGAUCUCGGAAUUGUACACCGGGACGAGUACAUCUAGAGGAAUGGCUCUGUCGAUUGAUUUUAACUAUGAAGAAGGACCGGACGGAAACCGCAAGCCGAUCGUUCGUAAUAUUGACAUUCGAAAUGUGACGUCGAACAAAUCGAAUUACGCUUUGUACCUGCGCGGAUUCCCGGACGAUCACAUCGAAGAUGUACGUCUGUACGAUUGCCAUUUCCAUGAUGUGCAACGACCCAAUUUUAUUGAAUACGUAGAUCGGCUGGCAUUUUUCAAUGUAACAUUUAAUGGAUUAGAACUUGAAGUACCACCAUCACCAGAACCUACAGAUACUACUCCAACAGAUCCCGCUACAACAGAUCCCGCUACAACAGAUCCUCCUACAACAGAUCCUCCUUCAACAGAUCCUCCUUCAACAGAUCCUCCAGUGACUCCAACUGACCCUACAGACGGACCUACAGAUGAACCUUCAUCUAGUUCGUUGUUUGUUUCAAAAACAUACGUUUUGAUACUUUCAAUAAUGGCUGUUGAAGUUGUAGUGAAAAUUAGGCAAUAAAUUAAUAAUUGAAUUUCACGAAUAAAAAUUUCUGUUGGUUUUACAA